AUGGCGCUACCCCCCAAGUUCGCAGGCCACAAGCUCACCUUCACCUCGGCCGCGACGCCAGCCGCCCCUUCCGGCGGCGACAGCAGCCCCGCAGGCCUGUCCUUCGAGCAGCCGCACACGCUCGAGGUCUACCUCGACUACGUCUGCCCCUUCUCGGCCAAGCUCUACAAGACGCUCUUCGGGCCGGUGGCGGCGGCCGUGCGGCAGAACCCGGCCUGGGCGCGCCGCCUGCAGGUCGUCUUCCGGCACCAGGUGCAGCCGUGGCACCCGUCGUCGACGCUGACGCACGAGGCGGCCCUCGCCGUGCUGCGCCUGGCGCCGGCGCGCUUCUUCGACUUCAGCGCCGCCCUCUUCGCGGCGCAGAAGGACUACUUUGACGUCGGCGUCGUCGGCGAGACGCGCAACGCCACCUACCGCCGCCUCGCGCGGCUGGCGAGCGCGACGGCCGGCGUCGACGAGGACGACGUGUUCCGCCUGCUGGCCAUCUCGGACAAGCCGGCGGAGGACGGGUCGCUGAACACGGGCAAUGCCGUGACGGUCGACCUCAAGCUCGCCGUCAAGAUGGCGCGGCUGACGGGCGUCCACGUGAGCCCGACGGUGCUGCUGGAUGGGGUUGUGCAGGGCGAUGUCAGCUCGGGGUGGACGCUGGAGCAGUGGACCGAGUGGCUGGGUGCCAAUAUUGCAGAAUAG